UAAACGAGUCGCUUCUUGAGCGCUGACUGAAAAAGUUCUCCCGCGAGUGAAGUUGUGCGAAGUCCGAGCCUGAGUACUGACAGAUGGAAAGGGUCGACUAGAUUCGAAAGCAGUUCGCCGUUCCGUGGUAUCAGCUUUUUCAAGGGGAAUAAUGCUGGAGACGAUAAUUUUGGGCAUCAUUGUCCUGUUAUUUUUGUGGUGGCUGACUCAACCGAAUGCCAGGUUUAAAAAAUUUGGGGAUGCUAUACCAGGUCCACGGCCAUAUCCUUACUUCGGGGAUAUGCUGACUGCGCCGCUUACCGGCCCUAAUGCAUUGGAUAAACAUGUGGCUUUAGCGAGGAAAUACAAUGGGACAUACCGCCUUUACAUGGGAAACAUUCUUUCCGUUGUCGUCAGCUCACCUGAAGACAUCGAGGCAGUCUUGACUAGUAAUAGUUUAAUAAAUAAAGCUUUCACAUAUGAAUUUUUGCAAUCUUGGCUUGGGACAGGCCUCCUCACCUCUACUGGUGAGAAAUGGCAUGCACGUCGGAAAAUAAUCACGCCAACUUUUCAUUUCAAGAUACUUGACAAGUUCAUCAACGUUUUCAACAAACACACAGACGUUUUGAUCAAACGUCUCGAAAAACACUGCAGUCAAGAAUCGUUCGAUGUGGAGAUGCUGCUAAAAAGAUGCACACUGGACAUCAUUUGUGGUAACUUUAGAUUUUCCCAUUUUUUUAUGUUUUCAGAAACAGCAAUGGGCAUUGAAACAGAUGAAAAAAGCUCUGUCAUUGUAGAUUAUAUAAAAAGUGUAGAAAGGAUUAUUCAGAUUCUAUCAGACCGCUUAACUAAACCUUGGCUCUUUAGCCCAAUCACAUAUGCCUUGUCAGGAAGAUAUUUCAUAGAACGCAAACUUUUAAAAACCCUGAAACUUUUUAUUGAUGAGGUUAUUAACAUGAAACAAUCUGACGAAGCUGAUACCAAAUCAAGCAGCGAAGAUUUUGAUGAUUUUGGAAUAAAAAAGAAAACAGCCUUUUUGGAAAUGCUGCUUAACAUAAAAUCACAGCCCAACACAAUUAUAGCAACUGAUAAAGAUAUAAUGGAAGAAGUUAACACUUUUAUGUUUGCAGGUCAUGACACUUCUGUCUCAACUUUAUGCUAUUCCCUUUAUCUUUUGGCGGUAAACCCAAAAAUCCAGGACAUGUUAUACGAAGACUUGAUCAAAACGUUUCAUUCCAAAGAUAAAAAUUUCACACGUGAAGAUCUUAAUGAGAUGAAAUUUUUGGAGCGAGUCAUUAAGGAAACAUUAAGACUCUAUCCAACGGUGCCAUUUAUCGGGAGGAAUGCCAACGAGGAUAUAAAGUUACCUAGCGGUUAUGUUAUACCAAAAGAUGCUAUGGUCAUUGUCAACAUAGCGUACAGUCACAAAAAUGAAAAACAAUAUGAAAACCCUGACGUAUUCAACCCAGAUAAUUUUUUGCCAGAGAAUGUAGCACAACGCCAUCCAUUCAGUUUCAUCCCAUUCAGUGCAGGGCCUAGAAAUUGCAUGGGGCAAAGAUUUGCACUGCUUGAAAUAAAAACAAUAUUGGCAAAAAUAGUUUUAAAUUACAAAAUUGAGCCAGCAAAUGGAAAUUUCAAACCUAUGCCUGAUGUAAAAAUGGUCUUACAUUCAUGCACUGGUCACAAAUUAAGAAUUUCCAAAAGAGAAAUGUAAAUAUGUAUGGUCGGUCUAAUUAAAUGUAUAAAUUAUUAUUACAAUAGAUUGGUAUAUUAUUUUACUUUUGUUUAAU